GUGUGGUUGUUAAACCACCAGUUGUAGUCACAUAUAAAUUCAUCAGCUCACAUAUGAGGGCGCACUUGGGGACUGUCCAGGUCUAACCAGUGUGAAACCAUGGCAAACCGCUGGGGCGUUAUCUUCUUAGGGGUAUUUGUCCUGCUGGUGUGCUUCAGAAGGACCGAGCUAACACCUCAGCACUGGCAAUCUUCAAAAAACCCACCUCCUCAGAGCAACCUUCCACCUCAGAAUCCAACAGGUCUGAAUCCCUUCUAUCCUCCCAUCGGCCCAUUUGCAACCGAACUUUUGGAUCCUUCACAUCUGUGGUUAUCUGGUCAUCCUGGGCUGAAUCCAUUUAAAGAUCCUGGAGGGCAGAACAAUGUUAAAAAUCCGAUGGGCCAGAAUCCUGUUAAACACCUUGGAGGGCAGCAUCCUAUCAAGUAUCCUGGAGGGCAGACUCCUGUAAAUAAUCCUCCUGUUUGGCAUGUCCCUCAAGGGCAGAAUCCUCCAAAUCCUGGAAUGCAGUAUCCUGGUCAAAAUCCUGGAGGGAAGUAUCCUGUUCAAAAUCCCAGAAUGCAGUAUCCUCAAAAUCCCGGAGGACAGAAUCCUCAAAAUCCCGGAAUGCAGUAUCCUCAAAAUCCCGGAGGAGAGAAUCCUGUUAAAAAUCCCGGAGGACAGUAUCCUCAAAAUCCUGAAGGACAGAAUCCUGUUAAAAAUCCCGGAGGGCAAUAUCCUCAAAAUCUCGGAAUGCAGUAUCCUCAAAAUCCUGGAGGACAGAAUCCUGUUAAUCAUCCCGGAGGGCAGUAUCCUCAAAGUCCCGGAGUGCAGAAUCCUCAAAAUCCUGGAGGACAGAAUCCUGUUAAAAAUCCCGGAGGGCAAUAUCCUCAAACUCCCGGAAUGCAGUAUCCUAAAAAUCCCGUAGGACAGAAUCCUGUUAAAAAUCCCGGAGUGCAGAAUCCUCAAAAUCCC